ACUUGGAUGGAUUAUUAAAGAUGUUAUCAUUUAGUCUGUAGGCUAUGUUGUGUUCAUGUGACGUCUGGUGGGAGGCAGUGAGGUAAACGUCCGGGAUACAUACACACACACAAACACACGGGCUGAACGGGAUGCCCGCGUGACUGCAGGGAGGAAAGAGGCGGCGGAGGAGGAGGAGGAGGGGGGUCUAGGUGCGUGUUUGGACCACCGCAAAACCCCCGAGGUGGAGUUGUCAAAGAUCGAAACCUGUGAGGAAAGAAUAAUUUCAGCCUGGUUGCUAUUUUUGGUGCAGUUUGAAAAUCGAUGGGAGGAUAUUUAUUUCCUGUUCACGUCGAGGUAAUUAGUCUCUCGCUUCCCGAACGAACCGAUGUGAUCUUGGGGCUUCGAUCUCCACCACCGUGUUUUUUUCUUCUUUUCCGUGACAGGAUGAGGACCUAACAUAAAGGUCGCGGGAGGGGAGCGCACAUGUUCGGUUGUUGCUCCUCCUGAUUGGACCCACGGACUGACCGGCUCGUGUCGUCUCUGCUGGGGGGCGAGAGAAACAACGAGGGAUCAGCUGCUUUCUUUGGGAUGCUUUGAAAUCUGCGGCCUGCUCGGGUCUCCAGUUACCGCAAUGCCACUGGCGAGAGGAGGUGGAAGGCAGAAGAUGGAGAGGAGGGAGCAGCAAUGCAAAUGAGUAUAACACUGAUGUAUAGGUUGCAAGAAUCAAGCCCUGUUUAUGCGAUUGUGUUUUAAUCAGAGCAUGGUAAAGACUGCACUCUGUAGUGGCCUGUGAACUGCAUGGGCUGAAACAGACACUGUAUUGACUAUAUUAGUAUCAUGGCUGAAACGUCAAAUGAGGUGAGUACGGUGGCUGUGAGUGUGUAGUGGCUGCUCAAUUCUCAACUUUCUGCUGACAGAGUUCUUGGACUCAGUCACUGGACUAUAGUGUGCACCAUGGGGCAUUGCGCAGAACCUAUGGCACCUGCCAGUGGAGAGUUUGGUGCAUAAUUGUGACAGAGUGGAGCUCCGAAGCCAGCAUUUAUGUCUCUCCCUCUUCUGCUCGCCUCCACUUCUACCCACACAACUGAACUGUGUUUUAUGAACUCAAAGUAAAGCUCUCCCAGCCUCCUCCACACACUCUGACAACAUGCCUUCACCGUCAGACUCCAGCAGCGUGGCUUCGGCCUCGGGGUCUCGAGGCUGGUCAGACAGCCGCAGGGGCAUGUCGGGCCGGGGGCCUGGUGGUGCACGGCUGCUCCUGUACCUAGGGCUGUGCCACCUGGGUUUGGGGGCCAUGGUCUUGGCCUUUUCUUUCACCAGCAUGGCCUUCACGUCCUCAGCCCGCGUGAGACAGUCCUGCCCAUUCUGGGCUGGCUUCUUUGUGGUGGCAUCAGGGAUAGUUGGAAUAAUCUCAUGGAGGAGACCUCUGACGCUGGUGGUGUCACUGUUCAUGCUGCUGUCUGCAGUGUGUGUGAUCCUCAGCCUGGCCGGCUCCAUGCUCUCCUGUCAGAACGCACAGAUGGUCAAGUCUAUGCUCACCUGCCAGGUGGAGAACGGUCUGUGUGUGUGCUGCGCGCCCACCCACUCCUGCUCCAUCACAGAAGAGGAGACCCUGGUCCUCUACCUGAAUGCUGACUGUCACUCAGUCAGACAUCAGCUGAAGGACCUUUUGUUCAGUGCGUGCGGUCUCAGCAUUCUCUCCACCAUCAUCUGUACUCUGUCCACUGUGACCUGCAGUAUCCACAUAUUCUCUCUGGACCUCGUGCACCUGCUGGCGCCACAUCGCUCUCGUUCGGUCAACCCAGAAUGCACCACUCCUCAGGACGCCUUCUUGACCAAUAUCAUGGACUUUGAGGAGUUUGUCCCACCCAUCCCUCCGCCCCCCUACUAUCCUCCUGAGUACACCUGCAGCUCUGAAACAGACGCUCAGAGCAUCACCUAUAAUGGCUCCAUGGAGAGCCCUGUUCCUCUGUACCCCACUGACUGCCCCCCUCCUUAUGAAGCUGUGAUGGGACAAAGAGCUGCAAGCCAAGCAACAAUGUUUGAUCCCCACGGCACUGAGCUGUCUGGAGAGAGGGGGACUUCUACUGCUUUCAGUGGAGAAGUGUCCAUGGACAGUGGAUCUCUGUUGAUGUCAGAGAUUGUCGACAUCCCUGAUGAUUCCUCCCCCUCUGAGGACUCGUGUCUGAUGGAGGUUGGGCUGCGCACCCAGGGGGACAGGCGCCACAGGAAUGCUUCUGAGGGGGGAGACGGAGGAGACUCUGGCGAGUACAUCAGCUUUCGUGGUCCCCCAUCUCAGACACCAGAAAGUCCUCUGGCAGGGGGACCCAGAGCCAGGCGCUUCCUCAGAGGAGAGAGGUCCAACUCCUGCUCUUCACCCAGCACGGCCACCACCACGUACAGGUCUCCAGUACUGCGUCGCCAGGCCAUGCUAGCUCAUAGCUGCUCCCAGCUGGAGGCAAUAGAGAAAUCCGCUUCUCCACCUCGAUCCUCCAUCCCAGAGUUUCGACUCCGCCCCUCUACUCCUUCACAACAAGGAGCCAACCAAACCUCCUCAGAUCAUCCCAUGUCAUCCUCCCCAGCUGCCAAUGAGCAGAGUGGCGGCCAGGGUAAUGGGCUACCCGUCCCAGGACAACCAUUGUACCUACGACGAAGGCUUGGGAAGAGUGAGAAGGAUGGAGAGGGUGUGAGGAGGAACAGUGAAGGGCUCCUACGCCUGGUGAGGUCACAUAGUGAGCCAGGCCUCGGCUCCUCCACUGACACAGUUGACUUUGGCUCUGGAGGCAGCAAAGUAUCUAUGGACACAGGUCCCUCCUCUGAGGCAUGUCUGUUGCCCCACACUCCUCCGCCUCCUGCUGCAGCUCUGCCAAGGAAAGACAGCAUUAAAUCUGCAGCCACGGGGGUGCAGGUCCCCUCCAAAGCUCCCCCCACCUCACCGCUGCGUUUACCUAAAGACUGCCACCGUUCCCUCGGAGACCUUAAGGUGACUCGGGGUCUGGUGGCUCGCUUCCUGCAACGCUCUAAACGCAACCUGUCACCCUCCUCCGAGCAUGCUGGGAACACAGGGCAGGGGCCCAAGAGGAGGAGUGGAGUUGAGGGUGCUGCCACCAACCACCUGCCCUUGGAACAAGUGUUGCUGACCCCUUGGAACACCAGCCGAGGACACCCCACCCAUCACUCCCAUCAUCCUCACCGCCGUGGACACCACCAUUCCCACAGUGACAGUCGACACAACCGGCACCAGGGCGGUCGGGCACCAGAAGGGAUCCACCUGCGCAGCUGUGGAGAUUUAAGCUCUUCGUCCUCUGCAUCACUACGACGAUUAGUGACACCUCAUCCACCGCAUGGGUCAUCAGGAGCUCUCUACUCAGAGUCUGCGCUGUGAGGAGGGUGAAGGCGGGAUGGAGGAAAUUGGAUGCAUAAAAGUUGACGGGAAAACCAGAGGAAAUAGGUGGGGUGAUGAAAAGGAGAGUUGGGGUAGUUUAGCAAAGAUAUGUAGUUUUGAAAUUCAUCCUUUUCCUCUUUGUCACCUCUUUUUCCUGAAGCCAACUGUGCAAAUGGCCUUAUUCAGUGGUGCUCUUUAUCACUCUGAACAUCAGCCCAGAGCUCACAAUAUUUCACUGUUCAACAUCAGUGAAUAGAUGCUUAUUCCUGGGCAGUGUGGUCCCUGUUCGAGCAGAAUAAAUCCAUCCAAAGGCAUCUGUUCUGCUAUAUUCUCCACUCCCUCUCUCCAUACUGAUCAGAGACACAUUUUCCUCAAGACUGGACACAGAACUCAACUGGCAUUCAUGCAACAACAACCACAUACUCACGUGUAAAUUCAGUCUGUUAAUUAUGGGUUGGAAUAUGCUUCUGGCCCUUUUGUACAUUGCUAUUCAUCCACAGGAUCGCUUAGGUGAAGUGAUCAUGGCAAGCCCUUAUUUUGUCUUCCAUUGAAAAAAAAAUUGCAUCUCAAUAAGCAUAUAGUUAGCUGAGUACAAUGUAAGAUAAACAGAUGAGGUUGCACCUGAGGACAAAUGUUCCCACUUGACUCGACUGAGUUGCUAAUUUUGUCUUUUUCUUUUUGCAAUUCAGAUUCCCUCUCUCUCCAUGUUUUUUCCACCUCCACACUGGCCUUCAAAAACAAAAAAGGCAGCCAGCAUUUUUAACACUGACAUUAAUGCACGCCACAGACACAUGCUAAGCGUUUGAAAUGUAUUCUCUGUGGGUGGCCCCUGGACAUGGUGGUUUGAUUUGCAUAUGUGCAUGUUUUGCUACAGCCUCCAAAAUACAGCAGGAACUUUGUGCAUUCAAUCCUGACCGUCUGUGUAACUACGUAACAUGUCCUCAGAAUGUCUUUAUCUGCAUGUUUUGACAAUGCUUCUUACUUUUUUUCCUCUUGCACCCAAGACUUAAGAUAGUAGCCAUUUUAAAUGUGUUUGUGUUAAUCGAUUGCUGAAAGGGAAGGUCAAGACAUGCAGUGCUCCCAAAGUUUACUGCCAGAUGGCUCCAAACAUGCCUCUGCAUCCUAAUUUGAUUUUGAUGGGGUUUGAAAAAGUUUCAAGUGCACAGGCAUAUCUGUGACACUGAUCUAGUAAGAUAAAAAGUGUAAAUUGCACUGUGACUCUAAAGACAUGAAGAGUCUCUUGCAAUAAAUGUACAGACAAAUUUUAGAGGCAGGACUUCACACUAUGUGUUGGCACGGGUCUUCUGUGGACUUGCAGGGGUUGUAGAUGAGUAGUUAAUGAGAAAAAUUUUUUGGGGGGCUGCUGAUAGUGAAUAUAUGAUGGGUCUGGCAGCUCUGGAUUCUCAAGUUUGAAGUAUAUAAAUAUUUGUGUCAGAUUGGAGUUUUUUCUUUGGAAAGUAUUUUUGAUGUGCUCACGAAGCGAUGAUAUGGACUCCAUAUCACUAAAGGCACAUUUUGGAUACACUCAUAUGUAUGUACCUAAUUUUAAAAUUUACACGCAUACACUCUUAGCCUGCACAGAGAUACAGGCACACCCAUACACCCCCUUAUUAAUGCACUGAGUUGCAUUUCUACCUCCUGUCUUGCAUAAAACAUUAUUUAUUUGAAGAAAUGUAUAUCUGUAUGGCAGGCUUAACAGGAUAGAGCCUUGAAAUAUGAAUAAUAAAUGUAUCUAAAUAUGA